AUGGACGCGACAGAAAGAACAAGCUUGAUUCGAGGAUUCAGACCGUCCAAUGACAAUGAAAUCGAACAGAGUGGUCUACUAGGAACUCGUCGCGGUUGCGUAAAUAUAAAUCGAUAUGAAAUCAUAUUCCUGAUUGUAGGUGUACUAGCUGCCAUAGCUACAGAUACUUUAACAAUUAUCCGUUUAAUCUAUGUAACUCAACAUUUGGGUACCACAGAUUCAGAUUUUGCAUAUGGGAUACUCAUUCUUGUUAAUUCACUCUUUCUUCUACUAUUUCUUAUAACUGGCAUUUUAUAUCAACGUAUCAGUGAUAUCACCGCAUUUGUUAUCAGUGCAGUUAUGCUUACAAUAUACGUUAUAGCACAUUAUGUGGCUCGGUAUAAAGAUGGCGAUAGUACAGAUGCAAAAAUUCGUCUUAUGCGAUUGAUAUUUACAAGUGUUUUUAAUGUGUUUUUUAUUCCUUUGGCGUUCUUAGUAAUCAAAGAUUAUCAACGAGACGAAUUUUCCAAACGACUUUUCGGUGCUUUUCCUGAAGCUCGUCGUCCACUUCGAACUUACAAUAUAUUUGAUUGCAUUGCACGUAUUAAUACAAUGUUUUCUAUUUCAACACUAAUACUUAACUUGUACAAUUUCAAUGAUUUGAAAGCAGUUGAUUUAAUUUUACUUCCCGUGGGUAUUCCAGUUGCUUUCCUAUGGCUAGCACUCGGUAUCGGCAUGGUUCGUCUGGAAAGUCGUAAAUUAGUCGUGGUUUUCUGUUGCAUUUCAAUUUGUCAACCGGCAUUUUUAAUUUAUGCACUGUAUAGCGCUAUUGUAUAUUCACCACCACCUCCAGUGACAAUUCUGACUGCUUCGACCACAUCCACUACAACUACUCAGUCAAGUUCGACAUCAACAGCUAAUUCAACCCUCUGGUCAACAUCAACUGUUAGUUCAACCCCAUGGUCAACAUCACCAUUACCAGCUCUCGUGUCCGUACCCAGUGCGCUUUAUGUAUGUAUGGGAAUCAAUUUUGUCACGCAUAUUUUAUCAUUCGUUUUUGGUUGUUUUUGCAUACGCAAUUUCGGCAAAGAUCUUAAACAACGAGUUUUCAAUAAUCGCUUUGACAAAUGGUUUCAAAGUAAAAUUACUUCAUAG